AUGGAUACCAAUAUGAAGAAUUCAGGCAGGCAUAAACCUCAGGUGAGAGGUAUCAUCAAUCAGGCCACCAGAAGAAAAGAAUAUUGGACUGGUCUCAAUAUACAAGAACAGGUCACAGUUCUUUCAGGCUAUCUGAAUUGGGAGUCUGGGUUCAAAGCAAUGUUAACAACAAAGGGCCCCUUGCAUCUUACUGGGAAUAAGUUGGAGAUUUCAAUAUGA